CAGUGAGUAGCCGGCGCUCGCUCUUGCAAGAGAGCUGACAGCGAGGUAAAGGCUUUCUCUCCCAAGGAAACAUUCGAAAUCACUCCUGAUGGAUAAAAAUUUUAAAGUCUGACCUUACAAAGAAAUUGGCAAAACUAUGGAGCAACGGAAGCUCGAAGACUCUACUGGAGCGUAAAUUGGUACAGCCAUAUUUCGAACAGGGAUUGGCAUUACUCGGCAUAGUUGAAAAUACACACGCAUCAUGACCCAGCAGUUUCACGCCGAGGGUGGCCUCGCCCGGAAGGCAGAAGAGCUCCGCCCCGCCCCUUGUUUCCCUUAAGCCGAAUACCCAGCAAAUCACAGGAAGUGACGCAACGCCCACUCUUCCCAUGGCCGGCGCUCCGCGGCGGGUAGCCGGCCGAAGCCGAGGGCGGAACUGGCGGAAGUGACGUUAACAACGCGCGCCAGGAGUUCUGUAGGGUCGGGAACGGUCGCCGUAGCGGGCGCCUUGGCCGUUUGCGGCUAAACUUCGUGUUCGCCGACCGGUAGUUGUCUCUGCAGUGACUCCAGAUGCUGUUCUUGAGGUGUUAAUCGGUCCUGUUUGAAUCGGUCAGUUCCCACAGCAGCCCCGAGCACGGUAGGAGUCCAUCUGAACUAAACAAUAAGAGCAGCGUCCCUGUUUCUUGGUGUGCAUGAAGAUAACCCAGAGAGUUGCGGAAGUCGCCAAGAGUGUGCUGGGGAUGCUCUAGGAGAAGACUGAGUGCCGCGGUGAUUCCCAGUCCAAAGGUUUUUGAUUUGCCGAGAAGAAAGUGAACCUCAUGGAUCAGAACAACAGCCUCCCACCCUAUGCCCAGGGCCUGGCCUCCCCUCAGGGUGCCAUGACUCCUGGAAUCCCUAUCUUUAGUCCGAUGAUGCCGUAUGGCACAGGACUGACUCCGCAGCCCAUUCAGAGCAGCAACAGUCUGUCUGUGUUGGAAGAGCAGCAGAGGCAGCAGCAGCAGCAGCAGCAGCAGCAGCAACAGCAGCAGCAGCAGCAGCAGCAGCAGGCGGCAGCGGCAGCCGUUCAGCAGUCGACGUCCCAGCAGGCAACCCAGGGGGCCUCCGGCCAGACACCACAGCUCUUCCACUCACAGACUCUUACGACCGCGCCCUUGCCGGGCACCACUCCGCUGUAUCCCUCCCCCAUGACGCCCAUGACCCCCAUUACCCCCGCCACGCCUGCCUCGGAGAGCUCUGGGAUUGUGCCGCAGCUGCAAAAUAUUGUAUCCACAGUGAAUCUUGGUUGUAAACUUGACCUAAAGACCAUUGCACUUCGUGCCCGGAAUGCUGAAUAUAAUCCCAAGCGGUUUGCUGCUGUAAUCAUGAGAAUAAGAGAGCCCCGGACCACUGCACUGAUAUUCAGUUCUGGGAAGAUGGUGUGCACAGGAGCCAAGAGUGAAGAACAGUCCAGACUAGCAGCAAGAAAAUAUGCCAGGGUUGUACAGAAGUUGGGUUUUCCAGCUAAGUUCUUGGACUUCAAGAUUCAGAACAUGGUGGGGAGCUGCGACGUGAAGUUCCCUAUAAGGUUAGAAGGCCUUGUGCUUACCCACCAACAGUUCAGUAGUUAUGAGCCAGAGUUAUUUCCUGGUUUAAUCUACAGAAUGAUCAAACCGAGAAUUGUUCUCCUUAUUUUUGUUUCUGGAAAAGUUGUAUUAACAGGUGCUAAAGUCAGAGCAGAAAUUUAUGAAGCCUUUGAGAACAUCUACCCUAUUCUAAAGGGUUUCAGGAAGACAACGUAAUGGCUGUCAUGUACUCCUGCCUCCCCCACCCACUUGUUUUUUUAAAACAAAUCAGUUCUGGUACAUUUAGUGGUGUUGUGGACGGCCCCAUGUGAUGAGAGGAUGGAUGUCCGGUUGUAGGUUGCAGCACGAGGUGAAGCUCUCCUGCAUGUGUACCCCAUAGGGAUGCCAGGAAGGGGGUAUUAUUUCUACACAGAGAACACCGAAGUGUUACUGUAAGUUGCUCGAACUGUGCUGCUAUUUGGGCAGCGCUGCCCGUUUAUUUAUAUUUAGAUUUUAAACACUUACUGCUGUUGACAAGUUGGUUUAAGGGACAAAACUUUAAGUGUUAAAGCCACCUCAACAAUCGAUUGGACUUUAUUUUGUUUAAUUUCUUCCCCAUAAACCACAGUUUUUAUAUUUCUACCAGAAAAGUAAAAAUCUUUUUUAAAAGUGUUGUUUUCUAAUUUGUAACUCCUAUGGGUUAUUUUUGUGCCACAUUCCGCCUUUUCAGUAUUGCAGGACAGAAUAGAAAUGUAUUAAUGAAAACAAAUGGCUGUACAUAUUUUUCUUCCUUCAGAGUACUCUGUACAAUAAAUGCUGUUUAUAAAAGUGUUAGAUUGAUGUUAUAAAUGAAACUUUGUAAGAUUCAUGUGCUCAUACUGUUUAAAAAGUCGUAUUUUAGAUAUAAUGCCUGAAACCAUUUCAGUGUGUUUGCUUGCUUGCUUGCUUGUUGUUUGUUUCAAUCAACAUUUCAUUGUAUGUUGCAGUGAAAAUGGAAGAAUUGUCUGAAAAUUUUAAGUUGCUCACAAAACGUGUUUAUUACGUCCCAUACAUUGAGCACCUCCCGUUUCCCAGAUACGUUGCCUUCUCACAAAAGCUGCAGUUAGGUUUUGUUCCUCUUUCACAAGUAGGGCAAGGUAGGCCCCAGCUGAGGGUCUGCCCAAGGUUACAGAGCCCGUAAGUGGCAAACACGGGCUCUAAGCCAAAGGCCUUCAGUGUUAGAGCUGGGGUCGUCCACCGACUGGUGAGGUAUCUGUUUUUCUCAUGAAUAUCAGGUGAGCAUGUGUAAGUUCUUGGGGUUCAUUGUUCGGGUGCGUGUUUUUCUUUUUAAUUGUAAAAAUAUUUUUUCAGACGGCUCAGCGGUAUACAACCAGGAAGUUUCUUCCUUCCUCUCCCUUCUGUCUGUUUCCCCAGGUUAACUACCGGAUUGGUGGGUACCUCCCCAGCCCUCUUCUGUUCAGAUUUUUUCCUUUGGGGGUGCUUUUGUUAUCAUAUUGAAAAAAUAGUAAAGCAUAUGUUUGAUUUUA